GAAUCUAGCUGAUUUUUAUAUAUCUAUUCAUCAUUGUAUGUAUCUAAAUUUAACUCUAUUUGGUUGUUUAUUUAUUGAAUUCGACCAUCCCACAGUCGAAUCUGUCACAUUUCAUCAGUACUCUUCAUACUUGGACAUUCUGAUACAUCUGUUGGCUAAUUUUCUCGUCAUUCUACUAUACAGAAAUAGUCAUGUCUAUCCAAACUGGUACCAAUUGGAAGAAUGUCAAUAACUGGCAUUGGGUCGAAAAGAAUUGCCUUCCAUGGGCGAUUGAGUACAUGAACAAGCUCAAAGGACUUGGUGUUUCGGAUAAUGGCGUUACUGUAGUUGUGAGCGAAGUAGAGAGCGUGACUGGUGACGUAGAUCUCAACCAGCGCAAAGGCAAAAUCAUUAGCAUCUAUGAUGUUGCAAUUAACAUGAAGUGGAAAGGCACUGAUGCUUCCGGUGAGCCGGCAGAGGGAAAAGUUGUGAUUCCCGAAUUGAUGCAUGACACUGACUUGAAUGAUCUUGUCUUCAACUUUACCGUGGAGAAUGACAACGACAAAACACAUGCGAUCAAAGAAGUUGCUCGAAAAAAACUUUGUGUAGUAAUUCGCGAAGCAUUGGGUUCAUUCGCCAAGGACUUGAUUGAAUCUCACUCCAAGGACGUGUAUAUUCCUCCAGAAAACAUGAAAGGACAUCCAGUGCUUUCCACAUAUAACCCCAAACCUCCUGUUACCACUUCUCAACCUGUUUCGGCCGCUAAUACUAGUCGUGUUGGUGGUGUAGUUGAAAUCAAACAACGUAUCGAGUUUAUCGCCUCUCCGCAUGAUAUCUAUCACACUCUUUUGGACCAGCAACGUGCAUGUAUCUGGACUCGUGGCAAUGCAGAGAUCUGUCGUGUUACUGGGGGCGAAUUUAGCCUUUUCAAUGGCAAUGUAUCUGGCUCAAUUACCCGUCUUAUUGAAAACAAAACUAUUGAGAUGAAAUGGCGUGUGCAAUCUUGGCCUAAACAUCACUACUCUACUGUCGUAAUGAACUUGGAGGAAGGAGCUGAUGAAACCAUACUAAAUCUUGUCCAAAAAGGAGUUCCUGUUGGCGAAAAAGAAACUACUGAAACUAACUGGACAAAUUACUACUGGAACCCAAUCAAGGCUACUUUUGGCUUUGGAACUAUUCUCUAAUAUUCUCAGUGGGAUAAUUUUCAAAUGCUUGGCAAUUUAAACUAUUGAUUGCAUUGAUAGUAUGUUUAAUUUCCGAUGCAUUGAUACUGCUAUAUUUUGGCCCAAAUGAUAUUUUACAGUCCCCUUAUCCAGUAAUUGGUCAAUAAAGAUGUGAACUUGAAAGUUUGAUUCU